ACAAAAAAGCCAGCUGGUCUCUAUUACAAAACAGGUCUUCAUAAAUAUAUGUAAUGGCAAAGAUGGCUUUAUAUUACUGCACACACUGUAUGUAUAUUCAUUUGAUAUGUGUGUGUAUAUGUGUGUGUGUGUCUGUACAGGUGUUUUUUUACGAGAGAGACCUGUUUGAGAAAGCUGGAAUUAACGACAGUCAGCAGCCUUACAUUGCACUUGGGACUGGCCUGUGUGAGCUUCUAGCCGGCACCAUCAGUAGUCUGGUGAUUGAGAAUGUUGGGAAAAAGAUACUGCUGUCCUUUGGGUACCUUAUCAUGGCUGGCGUCCUAGUCCUCCUUACAAUCACACUAUACCUUCAGAGCCAAGUGCCCUGGAUGUCCUACUGUAGUAUCAUCCUCAUCUUCAUCUUCAUCAUACUCUUCUGCAGCGGACCAAGUGCAACAACAGCGUCGCUCCCUGGUGACAUCUUCAAUCAGUCCUUUAAGGCAGCUGCGUACACUGUCAACGGCACUGUGAUGUGGACAUGCCUCUUGCUCGUGGGCAUGCUGUUCCCGUUCAUGGUGCUUAAUUUAGAUUUGAGAAGUUACACUUAUACUUGCUGGUUAGAUAUUUGGACCUGCGUUUUACUGGAACAGAGAAAUGCACUGUCACUCAUAGAGCAAGAGGAGAGAGAACACUAUCGUAAGACACACACAAGUCAAGUGUGGCUACCUCCAAACAUGUGUGCACUGGGCUUACUGCUGCAAAGUCCUCUGCUUAUUGCUGCUAUCUUCAUCACUGGUAUUGGCGGGACCUUCCAGUAUGGCCUUCAGAUCUCAGUGUUGACCUCACCAUCUACUUUCAUUAAGGAGCUGGUGAACCGCACGUGUGCUGAGCGGUACGGACUCCCCUUGGAGCCUUGGCAACUCUCCCUCAUCUGGUCCUUCAUCGUGUCCAUCUUCUGCAUCGGUGGUCUGUUGGCCUCGCUGUGCGCUGGGCGACUGGUGAAUGCCUAUGGGAGGAAGCGAUGUCUGCUGCUGAACAACCUGGUGGCCAUCAGCGGGGCCCUGCUGAUGUUGCUCAGUAAAACGGCUGGGUCGUUUGAGAUGAUCAUGGCAGGAAGAUUCCUUUAUGGGUUUAACGCAGGCAUAAGCCUGACAACUCACACCAUGUACCUUUUGGAGUGCUCUCCCAAGAGCCUACGGGGGAUGGUGGGCGUAACCGUCACCACGUUUGUCUCCAUUGGGAAGUUCACAGGACAGCUGCUGGGCCUCAGUGAGCUACUGGGUACUGAGGACCGCUGGCCCUGGCUGCUGGGUUUUAGUGGCUUCACUGGGCUGCUGCAGCUGCUGACUCUUCCCCUACUGCCAGAGUCACCCCGAUACCUGCUGCUGGUGAAGGGAGAUCGUCAGGCUUGCGACAACGCUAUCCAGCGUCUGUGGGGUCGUGGUCAGGACCACAGCUCUGAGGUGGAUGACAUGCUGGCAGAGGGUGCCGCUCUGAAAGGGGUUCGCCUGCGGGGGGUGAAGGAUCUGCUGACCGAGCCGUCUCUACGCUGGCCACUUCUUACCAUCAUUGCCACCUCUGCCACACUGCAGCUGUGUGGCAUCAACGCUGUGUACCUGUACUCAUAUGAUGUGUUCAGUGCUGCAGGGAUACCGUCCAACCAGCUGCGGUAUGCAGCUCUCGGGACCGGCCUCUGUGAGAUUGUCACCUCCAUCAUCUGUGUGUUGCUGAUUGAAAGCACGGGGAGGAGGGUGCUGCUACUCCGCGGUUUCUUUGGAAUGACCGUCGCCCUGGGCCUCCUCACACUCACACUAUACCUGCAGACCCUCUUGUCCUGGAUGCCCUACUGCAGCAUGGUCCUGGUCUUCAUCUUCAUCUUCUUCUUCUCCAGUGGGCCAGCUGGCAUUACAGCGCCCCUUCCUGGUGAAAUCUUCACUCACUCCUACAAGGGGGCAGCGUUCACCGUAGUCACCACCAUCAACUGGACAGGCCUGUUUCUCAUAGGAAUGCUCUUUCCCCUCAUCGUGGAACACCUACACUACUUCUGCUUCCUCAUCUUCCUCGUCUUCUGCUGUGGCACGGGGCUGUUUGUCUGGUUCCAUGUUCCUGAGACGAAGAAUCGAACCGCUCUCGAGAUCACUGCAGAGUUUCAGAGGAUGCACAGCAAAAAUAAACCAACUGUGGAGGACAAAGACCCACCCACAGCUGAGAUCAGAAACAGAAAUAAACAUCUGAAACUCAACAAAGCUGAACUUAGCAUGUCCACCAAACUAUAACACAUGAUGGUGAAAACUUAAAGACUGACUACUACAGUACACAAUAUUUAAGCAGGAUGUUAAAUGACUGUUAUUUGGUACCAUUUUAUUGGAAUACAAGGGCCAACAGUUAGGGAACCAUCAGUCCUUUUCUAAAAGUUAAGUGUAUUAUUAAAUAAAGUGUAUUAAUAUAUCAUACGAAUAUUAUAGAUUUUAAUCAAACUUCAUUGUAAUUUUAAACAAAAUAUAAGAAGGGAAAAUAACUGAUAUGCGUUUUUUUUAUUAUUAUUAUUAUAAAUAA